AUGGAUCGCUGGAUUCAAGCCGUCGGGUUGUUGUGCUCGCGUGUCGGUUACGAGCAGCAGCCUAAACGGGUGGAGUCCUCGGAAAUCGGGACCAGGCUCAUCCCUGCAGGCACGGCAGACAGUAGCAAAACUGUUACUCGAAAAAUGAUACUGUGCCUGGAAGAUGGGAUCCGUGAGGUGGACAUCGCUCGGAUCAGGCAAUGCAGGGCUAUCGGUAUAGCCAUGGACAAAGGGGGCGACCAUUUGGUCGUUUACGGCCGCUUGGUCGGUCCGACGGGUCUUUAUGAGAUGCUGCUGGGUGUUGUGACGCCAGAUAUGGUCCAGGAUAGCAGCAGAGGGAUGUUGGAGGCGCUGCAGUUGCUUUUGAAGCAGGUUUGCAUUAUCCCAGCCCGCUGCAGACGGCCAGCCGACGACAUGUUCAAUUCUCCAUCCGACCGUUUCGACGCUGGUCUUUACAAUCAUCUCUGCGAUCAUAUUUUUACUGCAGUGGCAGAUGGCGGGCCGACUGAGCAACGCUGCCUUUUUGAAUCUUCAGCCGCUGGACCUGAGUUGCGACAGGAGCCAGGGUACGUGCCUUUGUUGCCCCACCUUCGCUUGAUCGUGCGAGAUGCGGCUCACAGAUACAGAUCAAUCGACAAGCUCGUUAUAUCGAAGCUGCCAACUCUGUUCCAGGAAACCUUGGAAAAGCUAGUGCAUGGAGAGCGGAGCCUCGCACGAUUGCUCGAGAAAUCGGCGAAAUUCUCGCAGCUCUUUCUGGAGUGCCAGAAGGACAUGGCAGAUCGGGAAGAUGGGGCAUCUUUCUGCCGGUUCCUGAAAGGGUUUUCCUUUGCAGAUCAUCGCUUCGACAGCCGGAAACGGCCCCCGGUGCGUUUGUUUACGAUGUUACCCAUCCUGAUGGAAUGCCUUCAAAGGGUGACCGAAGGCGGCACAUCGUUUACAGAUGCUGAUGUUGUGUGGUGCCGAAAUCUGUUGCAAGAUUGGGGCGGUGACAAGGGCUACAUUCGCUUGGUGGGGUCGGCCCUGAUCGCGGACGCACUCGUAAUGAGUUGGCCGUUCCUGAAAUUGGCCGACAAAAGCGAGGCUGAUUACUCGCUUACUGGUGUUCAGGCUGCAGAGUGCUUGUCGCUGUUGCGAUCCAUGCUGCUGGAGGGGGCAAUUUGGCUCCCAGCAGCUAAGGGCACCUUGGUACACUCUGUCUUGGGCGCGGUCAAGUUCUACUAUGUUUGGGAAGCGUUCUUCAAGAGCCACUUUCCUGGCUUCGAGGAGGCGAACAGCUUCACAUGCUUCAAUCUCACUGCCAACCUCUCCUUGGGGGAACGUGAGGCUUUCGUCAGAGCGGGGUGUGAAUUUUUUCAGCUUGACGGUCAGAAAGCGUGGCGGUCAUUCGUUGGGCCCCGUGGGAAUGAGAACGGACUUUUGCAUCGUGCGCAGUACUGGGCGUCACCCGCUGGAAUUGCAGCCGCUGCUGCCGCCGAGACCCAGGCCAAGUGCCACUUGCCUGAGUCCAUGCAUCAGCGGGCGUGGCUGCGGACCUGGCAGGACUUGCAUGCAGCAGAGCGAGUUUCGGAUGCGAGUGGACAAGGUGGGAAGUCACAGCAUUUGGACGCCAAGCGUUUCAUAGAGAUAUAUCUCAGCUCCCUUGCUGGGACCGGCGUCGUCGAACGGUGGAUUGGGGAGAAAAGGUCAUUGCUGGCUGGCCGUUCUACGCUGCAUGUCCGCUCCAUCGCGGCUUCUUUGAAACUUGUGGUCCAGGAUUUGAAAGGAAGACGUCGUGAUCGCCUGAGCCCGAACGCUCUGCUCUGCAAGCCCGCUGCCGCCCGAGCAUCUGGAGGAGGGGCGCCGGUUCUCUUUCCGCCCACACCGUUCCUUUUAAGAGCGCAGCGCACUUACGCGACCUGGUUUGGCGAGAAGGCGAGCAAGGCUCGCGAUGUUCGCCCAGCAUCUUUCUCAGAACAGGUGUUGGCCCGCGCAAAGGCUGCCAAGCCCCGCUUGGAGAGCACACGGCAGCGAAGCCAAAAUUCAGAGACGGCGUGGCUCGAAUCGCAUGCUGGUGCGUGCAAGGCUGCUGUUGCUGCCUUGUCAACUGUGGAUUCUCACGCUGAGGGGGUGCUGGGCAAUCGCGUUGUCAACCCCAUGCAAUCUGGCGGAUGGCAACAGAAAACGGCUCAUGAGCGUACAACCCUGGACGAGCAGAUGGGUAUCGACUGGAGCACCGCUGACAAAGCGAUUGAGCAGCAACAGGCGGUGGCCCAAAAGCGACGGCAAACUCAAGCGAUGUCUGCACGCACUGGACCAACCCCCUUCGUUGAUUCCAAGGGCGGAUUGAUGCGGGCCAAGCCUGUGACUUUGCCAGCGGCGAAGACGUGCCCUCCCUUACCCAGGAAGUUCAAGCUGCUUUCUGAGUCAGACCAGGUGCUGCUUGCUGUCCAGGCCCGACGGGACAAGCCUUGGCCUGUCGAUACUUCGUUCGAGCGGGUUCCGAGGCUUGGUGUGCGUGCUGAUAUGGUGUUGGUUGGUUCAGUUCUUGGAGACUACGACAGCGCGGCAGCCCUACAAGCCCGCUUGGAUGGAGCACGACUUGCUGAUAAGACUGGGCGAGUUUUGCGCUUCCGCCCUGGAAUGGAGCUAUGCCAUUCUGUGAUCUACAUGAGUCAGUCUUUCCGCGAUGCAUAUCCGAAACAUGUCCGAGUGCUGCACGCUUGUGCGGCUCGUGCCCCGUCCAUUGGCAAGGAUAAGAAUCCUCGCCUGGACGUUCGUCUUGGACUGCCGGGUGCGGAUGAGCGGCUGAAAUUCCCUGCUAACACAUUUCAUCUUGGCUUGUCCACAGAAGUUUCAGAAGAAUGCCAGCGGCUGGACAUGAAAGGCAAUGAAGUCGAAGUCCAGACGAUUGAUUUAGCUGGCCUCUUUCGAAUGUAUGCCUCCUGCUACGAGUCGUAA